AUGGCGGACCGUCUACGUGCAUCACUGUUGUCGUACUUCUCGAGACACAUGGAGCGUGCGGAUUGGCAGAGUGCUCUCAGAGCUCUCCGCGGCUGCGCUGAGACAGGAACGCUUCUGCACAGUCUUCCACACGACAAGCUUUUUCCGUUUUUGGUGGCAAAUGGGCAAUGGGAGUUCGUCCUACGUCUCAGUAGUCAACUCAUCGCGGUGGAAGACGCUAAACGCAAUACGGGGAAGGGGAGUACUGGGACCACAGCUUCGCUGGCGCAGGAAGAGGGACUGUACAACACGCUGCUUCGCGCGACUCUUGCCGAUGAAGCAGUGUCUAGUAUGGGGAGUUGGAAGGCAGCCGCUGCCAUUGUGCAGCGCGCCACGCGACGCCGUGUGCGAUUAGAAACCUCAGUCAUAAAAGAUGUCUUGAACACCAUAGAAAAGUGGCAACAUGAAAUCGCAACUGGUAGUGGGGGAAGCGGUAGUAGCAGCACCAAUGGUGGUCCCUCUGCAGGUGGGGCGAGCCCAGUCUCCUGUGAUGCCUUGCUGCUCACACGAGACCUGCUCGCUGCGAGUCUGCAUCUUCGUGGAGAGUCUGCUCCGAUGGCUGAGUCAACGUCUAUAUGCCGAACACCGCGGGUGCUUCAGCAGAAUUUGGUGCAAGCCAUUCACACUGCUGUUUUUCAGGGAUUGGUGGUGGAGGACGAAAAUAAUCCUAUGCCUUGGCAGAGGCUGAGGGAGAAGCUGCACGCGAGUUGUGCAUCCUCUUUGUAUGAUGCUGUCUACACGGUGCUUCAUGUGUGUGCUCCUCACACCAAUCCCAGCGGAGGAAUUGAAGCAGGUGAAACCGUGGAACCGGUACUUCAAGCGACUAUCGAUUGCAUCGCCGUGCGACCAGACGUCGCCGAGGAGAUACUUCAUUGGACGUUGCAACGUCUGUUUGAUGACGUUAUCGUCACCCCCCGACCUUCUGGUGUGGUCGGGGUUGGGCAUCAUGACGACGAUGCUGAAUACAAGUGCUGCAGCAGUAUCAAUGAGGUGGCUUUGGCGUGGUGGCGGCGAGAACUUGAGCAAAAACCGGCGAUGGAGUUGCCAAAAUGGGAGAUGUCUAGGGCGUUGGCCAUGGCGGAGUUGGAGCAACGUGAGCGGCGCUGGACGAUGGCAGAGGAUAACCUCGGUUGCUGGAAACAGGAGCCAAAGAAGAACAGUGCCCACAUGUUGACUCUCACACGGCUCUGUAUUGCCACGCAGUUACUCUUUUUGAGCGGCGAUGUUGCAGGGCAGCAGAGAAUCACUGAAUCUUUGGAUGACACCAAACACAUUGAACUGGAGUGUGUUGCGCGAAAACUGCUUCUGCACGGCGCGGUGGUCACUGCGAAUGGCGCAGAUGACUCUCUCAUUACUUUCUUGUCGAACACUGUUCACUCGCUUAUGAUGGUGUACAUUCGCCUUUGUUGUGUGAGAGACUACAGGCAGCAAAUGUUGCUGAACACUGUUGCGGAGGCGCGCGAGGACCGGCCUCACACCCCCACCGGCCACAGUGGUGGUUUCACCGUUAAGAGCAACAACGCCGGUAUCAUCGAUGGUACUCCCUCGAAGUCAGCACUUGCCUCUGGACGGGAAGUAUUUUGGAGAAAUAUUAUUUUUCCACACACACUGAGUGGAUGGCAGAACUCGCCAAUAGCUGCCGCAUGGCAGGCGCUGUUGCGGCACGUUCUCUGUGAUGCCUCUCUGUUAAAGAUGUGGUUUCAAGGUGAUGAAUCCCUUAAAAGUCACAUCACAGUACUUGACAGGAGGCACACCUCUUCCGCGGACAUGGCGGAAGACAACACUGCUGGUGGUGGCCACGGGCGUCGCGGUCGCCGACGUCGCCGUGGUGGUGGUAGUGCUUCUGGUGUCACGCCCUCCUCUUUCUGUCGUGAAGAGAGACUGCGGCAACUACAAGAGCUGGUGUAUUUCCUUAGUCGAAGGUUUUCUUUUGACAAUAACUGUGUCAUGUUUCCCUUGCUUCAUUUGGAGAAGAAUAACGAAACUUGGCAGGACUUACAAACCGAUGUAACACGCACUGCAGGGAUGGACGCCGAUAAAAAUGUGAGACUUUCCGCCUUAUCGACACUCUUGACACGGCAUGAGGAGGUUGAAGAGAUUGGACGAGCUCUAUUCCAGGCAUGCGUCAGGGAUGAUCUCGCUUUAGCUGAUGCCAGCAAUGUGUGGCGCACAUUUAUUUUUUCUAUUGCUCCGCAACAGGUGGCACCGUUACUACGGUGCAUGAUGGACUUUGCGGCAACCGAGUCACAUGAUGGCAUUGGGAGGUCGUCGAGUUUUGCGGCCCUUGUUGUGGUGAUGCACGAGAGUGACGUCUUCAGCAGCGAAGACAAGGCGCGUUACACGGUCCUGUUGUUGAAUUCUAUUGAGCCCGUUACAAAGUCAUGGCGUGUGGCACUUGCACUUUUUGGUGAAGCCGCAUCCAAGAUUAGUGAGCCGCCCCUUGAUGGCAAAAAUGAUAGGUCCCUUCGUCAUAUCCUUGACACGUUGCUGGUGAGUGCGGUACCGCCACGAUGGCGGGAGGCAUUGCAGGUGGUCGAAAUUGUGCAUGAACUGGUGCCAAACGUGGGUAAAGCACAAAACAUGGAUGAGGAGGAUGCUAGCACAGGCGGUACGACUGGUCCUUUGCCUGGCAGAACCCCAUUGAGUGAUAGUGAGCGCAUUGACUUGUACGAGGCCCUUGCUCCGCUAAAGCGGCGGCGACACUGGAUGUCUGCUAUGGAGCUCUUUACCGUCUAUGAGGCACGUCAGCUGAGUGGGCAUGACUGUGCCUGUUUUGCCUUUGCUGUGGCAGAUGGGCCGCUUUCCUUUGCCCGUCGGGUGCUACUUUCACUGCGGGGAAGAGAAAAGUCUAGAGAAGUUGCGCGGGCUGCCUUAGUGACGUCCUGGCGAUAUGUCAAGCAGUCUGUGCGAGCUCUGAAACAACGACAGAAUCAUCAACUUGAACAACGCGAAAGUGGUUUGUUGGAGCAGGAGCGAAUGCUUGUUCUCCACGAGGCAACUCAGGUGGCGCGCUUGGCUCUCACUGUGUGGCCCACGGCUAUCACCAGCGAUGAGGAUUUUAGACUCAUAUGGAAACUUAUUAAGGGUAUCUGCGCCGGUAAUGUGGCUGAGGCGAAGCUCUUGCUACGUCAGAGUGGACUCUAUGACUCGGAGCAAGCCAAUAACGAGGCAGACGCCCUCACGCGAACUGUGCGCCUCUGCCACGCCGCGCAGGAUGCAGCAAGUGCAACCGCUGCAUAUGAAACGUUUCGUAAUCGGUUUAUUGGCAUGGUUUUGCCCGAAGAAACGAUGCUACAACUCCUCACCUUGUGUGUUUCCCGCGUUGUCGAUGGCGUGGAGGAUGGGACGACACGGGAUAGAAUAAGGAUGCUACAUACUGUGCUCAGAGAUACCUUGUGGAUGCAUGACUCUUCACUUCGUUACGAGGGUAGUCACACAACGAUGCCGCGAAACUGCAUGCUUCAGGUAUGUAUUUUGUUGUUUCGGUUAUCUGCGCCAUCUGAGAGCAGGGCCGUGAUGGGUAUCCCUAAGUUUAGUUGCGACAUGACGCCUAAUAUGCAACGACAUGCUCAACGUCUGUUGGUUGUGGUAACAAAUCAUCUUGUAAGUAGUGAUGCACGACUACUACGCAAUCUUCCUGACUUUAUUGGUGUUCUGCGGGCACUGCCCCCAUUUUGCCUCGGUGCGGUGGCUGCAUCAGCGCCGACGUCAACGUCUAAGAAAUUGUGGGCGGAUUCCAUCACCACCUUAACCCAUCACGUCCAGCAUCUGGAGAAAACGUUGGGCCCUGUGGUGCCUGUUGAGUGCCUGUUUUGGUUGGGAAUCCUGCAGAGCGAGCAGACGGUAUCGGGCGCCCCCACGCCAUCUCCCUCGCUGUUAUCCACCACUGGUGAAGAGGGUGAGGAAGAGAAAGUUUCAGGAAGAGAAUUCAGAGAGGUGCCGCGUUGGGACCCUGAGGCAUUUGUUGUUUUGAACGACCUCUUGAGUACACAGGAGGCAACAGCGCUAGUGAACCGCACUAUUCUCUUCGCCGUUGAGUCCGCAACGCGUGGCGACGCCGAGUCGCUGACGAUGUCAUCAUCAUUACGUGUUCAGCUUCUCCCGUGUAUCAUGGAGGCACUUGUCUUUUUACUGCAUCGUCGCUGGCAUGCACAGCCCCCACUCACUGCCACUCUUGCAGCAGCCGCGUAUGCAGUGCAGUCCUUGCAUGACGCACCAGAGUGGAUUUCAAGUGAGGCUGCGAUGGAUAUACUUGUGGCGCUGCAUACUAUUUUUGCUGCUUUUCACGUUCGUCAUACAAUCGCUUCACUUGCUGUCUUAGCACAUCCCAUGCACCGCCUUUCCUCGGCUGUGGAUGCCAUAUUGAGCGGAGCAGCGUACGAGGCGGUGCGGCACAUGCACGAUUUUGUUCUAUUGACAUCUGCUUGGAUGCAGAAGUGUCUACAAGCUGCGGAGGGUGCGGAGCGGCGGGUGCUGAAUGAACGACAGAUACACUUUAUGAUCUGGAUUGCGGGUAACCUGACAGGCACGUGUGCGUCCUGGCCGGACUCACCACUGCGGGAGGAGUGUAUGCAUCAACUCAGUCGUUCGUGUGAGAUAAUUGAGCGAUGUGUGAACUGCGGCUACACCUCACCUGUGUCCUGCAGCGCGCUUUUGCUGCUGCGUGUUAUGCGCACUAUACUUCAGAAGGGUCCGUUGAGCAACGACACAGCGGAGGCCUUCUUUUCUGCGACUUCCGUGUCUAAGCACUCCAACAGCAGCCACCUGGACGUUGGUUUUCCUGCAGACAAUGCGUCCCUUUCAGUUUUUUUGAUGGCAAUGACACUUUUACACAUUGUGUAUCAAGGCACGCGUCCAGACAUGCGUCUGCUACGGGCCUUUCUUCCGGCGCUACAGCUUGAAGAGGAGUUGCAGAAGACCUUGCAUGACGAUGAAGCGUUUGUGGGAGGUCUUAUUGCGAUGCAGUCCGCUCGCUUGAACGCCACUGCCGCUGUACGCCGCGCCCUCGGCGUGUCUUUAUCGCUCUCCACACGUUUCAUUGUGCGCCUUGUGGAGUUCUCUCCAAUGCUGUCGCUAGAAGCUUCGACCGUGCAGUGGCUUCGAUCAGAGGAGCAACUCGCAGAAGUCGCCAUCUUUGCGGCUCUUGCAUCGUGUCGCGGCGGCGGGACGCCGGAGGAGCAUGACAUUGUGGAGGCAAUGGAUGCAGUAGGUACACUUGUUCCACAUCGCUGGGACCUUCCCUAUGCCAUGGCGCUCGGUUUUCCGCUUCCUGCAAGGCAGAGCGUAACGCCGCUAGAGCGCACCCUCCGCCAGCGGCUGGCGGUUGUGCUUCAAUACUGCGGGCCGUGGCCAGGCGGCAUAGUUUUGGCGCUGCUGCUUAAGGCAGUUUGGCCCGCACUGGAUACUAAGAAAGAUGAUGGUGUUCUUCCGGAUUAUAACCAACUUUUGGAAGUCAUGGCAACUCUUAGUUUGGAUCGUCGCUGGAAGAUGAUCUCGAUAACUCCAUCACUUCCACACGAGACUUCACCGCUGUUUAUGCGUCGCGUGGCAUUGUGGCAUCGCCAGGCAUCCACGGCCGCGUGCAUCAUAAUGGGGAAUGCUAUACCACACCAACAAGAACAGCAGCGGCAGCAGCGGCAGAGGUGUUGUGAGGCUUGGAAUGCUCUUUCUACGAGUGAUGCGGCUGUUCAGUUCCUCGUAAUCGCUUAUGUGGUGGCGCCGCUAUUAGGGACGCGUUCCACCUCACAAGAACGAUGGCAGCAGCAACUGCUGUUGGCUGACAUGAAGUCUUGGAUCUCGUCGUCUUCGACCUCCGCUUCCAAUCUUAGUUGGCCGUGGCAGUCACUCUCUGCGGAGGCGCGGCAGCUUUUACUUUGGAGUCGUAUUGCCCUCAUGCUUCCACAGUGGGAGAUCGUGCGGGAACAAAAACGUGAAACAAUUGCCGCGGAGCAGAGUGUGAUCGCGGCCACCGUUUCACUAGUGUCCUCCUCCCACGCUGUCUCCUCCUCUUUUUCCUCUCACUUUGGUAAGAGCGAGCGAAUACCAUCCGCAUUGUCAUAUGCAACAACUGAUGCGAGGGCUGCUGGGUUUUCAUGUAUACUGUGUUUUCGCCAUGCCCUUUUCAAUACCGCAUGGAUAGCGGAAAUGUGCGCGAAACAGUUUAUGCUAGAGCAUCCGUCCAUCUACGCGCGUUUGUGCCGCGCGCUGCGCGUUCUUCCUGACCCGUCACUUAUGGGGAUGAAUGCAAAUGACGUUGAGGAAGAUGUUACAAAUGCCACAGAGUCACUGUUUGCGACACCGUCUGGCUUCAGUAGCUUGCAGUACGCCUGCGCAUUGGUCGACACGGCAAAUGAGGCGGCAGAGUUACGGAGUGAGCGAGGCUUUUUGUUGCUGCUUGCAUGCGCCCGGUCCAUGCAGGAGGCAUCCGAGCUAUUGGAGAGUCGUUUGUCCCAGCGGCUGUAUGUGCCUCUUCGCAUACAGUCAUUACUAGCUGCGUGGAAUACACUACUCAUUCGUUCUGUGGAGCUGGAAUGGGAGGGAGAGGCUGGAACGCCACCGAUGGGCCGCAGUGCGGCGGCGCAUGCCGAUUUAGAUGUGGAAGAGCAUAAAAAUGAAAAAAAAGGGAAUGCACCGUUGCGUCACCGUGUCGCUGCAGCGUUUCUCGCAUUGGCACUAACUUCUGGGAGCAACGCUUGUGAUGUGCCCAUCUCAGUGUCAUCUCUGCAACCGGAGGAGGCGGAGAAGUUACUGCAAAGACUGUACAGAGAGAUAUUUGCCCACAGUGCCACUGUAGAUGCUUUGCAUGGUGCUACUCUAAACACGACUCCAAGUGAGUCACGUUUUUAUCGGGCGUCGACUGAAAUUGUGACGCGCGCCAUUUUGAUCCUGCCGAAGGCCAGCACUUCGGCCUCUUUUUUUGAUGGCCAUGUUGCGUCGGCUAUUGAAUUUGUGCGGCAAUAUAUGAGAGGUGACACCGUGUCAUGGGUCUCACUCUGGCCACCGUUAGUGUUAGAGAUGCGGCGCUCGUGUGAGUAUGUCAAAUGUCUUCAGGAACAAAAGCAGAGCCCUGUCUCGCCAUGUAAACUGCGCCAUCCUGUCGCGGUGUCAUGGAUGAUGCAGCAAAGUGCCGCUCACACAACUCUUCUCGGUACCGUAACACGACCGUUGAUGGUGAUUCUCAACACUCUUCGAUUGUAUGUGAUGACUGGGACGGCGUCGUUUCCCCUGUCACAGGUGGCGACGGUGAAAGAGACCGCAAAAGCAACGGAGGAUAAUUCUGCAACGUUCUAUGGCGUUCGUGGCGCAGGUGCCGGAAUGGUGGUUGACCAGUUUCUCUCCAUGGCGCUGCGAGGGUGGGUGUCCACCCAUCCUAACGACAGCACGAAGGCGCGGGAUCGAGACGUCAUUCGCCACCUUGUCGAUGCAGUCCUUCCUCAUCCACACAUCGUUGACUCAUCCGCUCUAACGUCAUCGUUGUUUCUCUCAGGAUACACGCCGUUAACAACGGAUGGGCUGCAGUCACUGGCACGUCUUUUAGUGGUGCGCGAUGGGUUUGACAAGCGUCGCACUGCAAGUAUUAAUCAUGUGGGGAAGUUUUUGCGAAUGGAAAAGCAACGUGAGAUGGCACGUCGCAUUGCUGCACGUGACGCCGGAUUGCCUUUGACACGCGUCCACUUUGGUCGCCCGCGGGGUUCGCGCGACGUGCAGGUGCAGCUGUUGUUUUAUCUUCGCGCCCUUGCCGCGGCUCUUACCUUUGUGAAUCCGAUGGCGUGGCACGGCGAACGGCAGGCCUCCCUCGAUGCCGCGUACACGGCACUGAUGGACUUUUUGCACUUGUGCUUUAUCACGUACGGCGAGGAUGUUGACAUUGCAUCGCGCCAAGUGAAGGCUGAACUGGAGGGCAUCUUUGGCCGUGGCGUGAUGAGGGUUGUUUCUGCAGCUGCAUCGCAACCAGACAGCAUUGUCAAUGUGCGGCAAUUAUUGCACUUCUUGACUGAGGGCUUGCACCACCACCACCACCGAGGAGCGAAAGGGGAGCGGCGUGACGCGGCACUGUCGCUCAAUAGGCGGCUGAGGGAGCUGCUCCGUCUGCACAAACGGGGAGGUGAGGUUUCGGACGUCUUGCUUCUCAAGGGUGACGAUGCGGCGUCUGCGACCGCACCUGCUAUGUCACUGUUUACACAGAUGACCUCCAUUGUGCGGGAAUCGCUUUGGAACACUGCUGUGGUUCCAUCGCAUGACGUUGUGCUGGAGCUUCUGGAUGUUGCCGUCACCACCGGCGUGUCUGACUCUGCGAAGGCCUCUGUGGAGACAAUACAUGCAGCGCGUUGUGGCCUGCAGCUCUUUGAAACGAUUGCACCGUACAUUGUUGUGCCAACCAUCAUGCUAGAAAAAGUGUUGAUGCUGCUGCUCGUGGUGCUGCGUUCUAGCGUUGCUGCGGCAGCAGUGGACGAAACGGCAAGAAAGCAGGAAAAGGAGUUGUUUGAAGCAAUUCUUCACCUUGUGCUUCGCCGCUUUCAGUACGUCCCGCUCAACACCCCCACGGCCGUGGUACUGUUGUGUGAGCUUUACGCUGCUGCCACCACUAUGAAUACGACGUCUGCCAUGUGCAAGAGUGCGAGGGAAGUGUGUUUGGGAACUUGUAUCUCUCACUUCCCUCUACCGCCUGGGAGUGAGGUGCCACAGCUACCGCAGGCGGAGUGGCUGCUGUGGCGUUGCGUAGUAGAAGCGAAUCAGGUGCCAUGGUCGCUCCUUCAGGCUGCGUUAUCAUCAGCGAGUGAGGAAUCGCUGCGUCUGCUGCAACAUGGAUGUUGUGCCUUCCUGUUGCAGGAUCACAGGAAGCCGCACUAUGACCCCCCGUUUUUGCGUCUUGGCAGGAUGCUUGAUACCAUGAUCCUUCAGGAGCCUGGGGAUGCCAAUGCAGUCACCAGCAGUGGCUUUAGCGGUAUUCAUGUUAGUGGUAGCUUUACAGCUCAACUGCUGCGCAAGCUAGAAGUAAGGCCUACAGGGAUUGCAUCGAGUGUUGUUCCGUGGCAUCGUGCCCUGCAGUUUUUACCGGAGUCUCAGGAUGGAAGCGUAGACGACAUUACAGACAUGAUGCGCUUCCGGUUUUAUGUGACGUUGAUGUCGCAACUGCUUACAUCAGCAACCAAGGGGAAUAAUGGUGUGCGUCAGGUAUGGCAACACGCACUCUCGGUCGUACUGCCUCAGCUCGCCUCUGCUAAGGGAAAAAAGGAAUAUGGCAUGGAUCUCAUUCAUCACGGGACCGCCUGUGCACUGCGGAUGCUUCAUAUUGUUCAACCGUCAAAUGAAUGGGAUCUCGCACUGCAGUUAACGCUACAGCUUCCUGCUUCCGCGAUGAACUCCGUGUCAUGGUGGUCUUCCCCUGAAGCGCCAUUGUUUCACACGUUGCGGUAUCUAAUUGAGGUGUGCGAUGUGGCCACAAUUCCCAUCACAGCAUUGGUCUCGUACAUGCAGGUUGUUGGGAAGCGUCAGUUGUCUGCCGCAGGGACUGAGACUACGACAGGGCGAUUCAACCGUUUGAGAGUGGUGGCUGCCUUUACGGCACGUGUGCAGCGCCAUCCGCGCCUUUCUUGGGUGGAUGCGCUCGCACUGUUGGAAUCUUUGAGUGUGUUAGAAAAGGGGUUUUCAAAGCCGACUGCAAAGGAGGCUAGCAACCAGUGUCCCAACAACAACACCAGUGCGCGGGAACAUGAGGUGCAACAGGUGCUAACUCAGGCAAAAGGUGAGUUUGUCACCGCUGUCAUGGGGCGCCUGUACAAGAAACAAUCGUAUGAGUCACUCCUACGUUUCGUCGAAGCAGCCCAGCAAUAUUGUCGUGUAAGCGGCCGCGAAUCUAUGGCGUGGAUAAAUCACGCUGCGUCGGUCGUUGUGGCUCCUUGUCAGAGUGGUGGUCUCUCCGAAGUCUUGUUGUUGCUCAAUGGCACACUUAUGAGGAAGACGUUUGAUGACAUAUUGAGGGAGCAUUCCGCAGGGGUGUUGCAGAAGCGUGUGUGUCUCAUGCAAGAUUUGCUUCGAAGUGGUCACUGCGUGGAUGCUGCCGUGCUGUCACGACAGACCCCAGCAUUGCUGGGGACGCGUGAAUUUUAUGACGCCUGCACACGUUUGAUGAAUCGCUCUCAUCACAGUGAUGUAGUUGCCUUCUACGAUGCAUUUAUUCACCCGGAGGAGGAGUUGGAAGUGGAGACGCGGCAGGCGGAUGAGGCCUGCAUGGGAGGGGGUGAUCGUGCCAUGACGGCGUUACUAGAGGAAGAAGUUCGCUAUGCAGAGGACGCAGAUCUCCUGCGACAUGUUCCUAGUGAAACGCUGCAGCAGGCAAUGGACGCCUUUGAGGUUGCUGCAAACGCCGCAAAUGGCAUUAACACGAGCGAGAAGAGAACAGGGCUUUGGAUUGCGGCGACGUGGAUACGACGCGUAACGCCACUUAUGCAAGCGCAGCACUCCCUUGCGGCUACACUGAGGUGGGUGCAUCGCGAUCUCAUUGGUGGCACCGCAGGAAAACCUGACAGAGGUCUUUACAUUCUUGCUGAUGCCGUACGUGACAUGCUGCACGAAACAGCGUCUCAUGGCAGUGUUCAUUCUUGUGGCACUCCCACUGCGAAGGCAUCACUGACAGCAAUGUUGGGUCGAGAACGUGAGGUUGCACGUUUACUUGUGGAGACCCUCUCAGGGACGUUUCCUGGUACUGCGUCGGAGUUGUGUGAAUCACUGCUACCGCAUGAGCGGCAUCCGACGAGGGAACCUGGUGUUGAUACAGCACUUGACCAUGAUAAUGGGGAUGCUAAUAAUAAUGAUGAGGUGUGGUGGAGUUUUCUACACUGCACGGCCGCCUAUAAUGUCGCACUUGAAGAAGCUUUUCAGCAUUGUCGCACACUUGUUGACACUUCUGUGAUCCGCGGCAGUGCCCGCAACCCCGUCGUGGAGUGGCGGGACCGCGCAUUGUUCCGUAACGGUGGUACGAGCCAUGCAUGGGUCCUGGCACUGGCGGCGUAUGCCACUGCACGCUCGUUUGUUGGGCAUACAUCCAUCAUUGGUGCGCAUAUGGCACGGCUUGUAAAGCUCAUCACUGCCAGUGGCUCCCUCCGUGUUGUGCUCCCGACAGCCCGCAAUGUUUUGUUUCAGCUUCCCUCUUCAUCCCUUAACAGUGGCGAGUCUUCACUGCUUUUGGAUGCUUUGCUGCUUCUCUGCAGCGCAAUGCGUACGAUGAAGCAGCAUACUAUGCACCGUUUUCGCCGUGCUGCGGAAGUGCAAUCAGAGGAACUGCAAGCCAUACUUGAGGAACUCCAUGAACUUCACCGAUUUGUGGGAGACGGACUGGCGUUGUUGUUGUUGAAGCAGCAGCAGCAGCAACGAGCACCUGCGCUGCAGGGUGCUCCACUAGACGGACGUGUGGAGUUGGCGUGCAACAUGCUUCGGUGUCUUACCGUUACGCCCGCAGCAUCUGUCAUGUACGUUACGACACUAGAGGACUGGCGGUCACUCGUUCAACGCAUCUUCAUUGCCCUGCCUCCCGCUCAACGUCGCGGUGAUUUACUAGACGCCUUCAUGGAGAGCGUGCGAGAUUCAUCUGAGGUGCUUUCUCUUCUUCGACAGCACCCAGUGUCUGCUUUAACGAGUUUCCAAGAGGCCUGUAAUGGGCUUUGGUGCAAUGCAUUGGGAAUUAUAUCUGCAGAUGGCAAUUUUCAGUGCCACCUGUUCUCCCACGCAAACGCACAGCAGCAAAAAGCAAUGACGCAACUGGAGAUUUUAAUCUGCUGUGCAGGUCUUGCUUCAGACCAUGGCGCAGCGGCGAUGAGGUCCCUUUGCGACGUUGUUGUGCGAGCCCAUUCUGUGCCGCUUUCAGAGGAUGCGAAGGCGCUGGUGAAGAUGGCUUGUAUACAUGGCAAAGGAACUGCGUGGCGCUCCGAGUAUGAGGCAAUAACUGGCUUUGCACCGAGCACAGUGCGGCGGCAGACGACACUUGCCCCGGCGAAAGAGGCGCUGGAACAAAGUUUUUGUUUGCGUGCACUAGAUGCAGUGGAGGAUUGGGCACAGGCUUUGCGUUUGGGUCAGGCGAAGCGUGAGGUUGGAGUCCGUUUACAACAUGCACAUUAUCAGCGCAUGCUGUAUCUUGUGGGGCAGCACAACACGGAGGACGCCGAGACGGUAGCUUUAAACACAGUGGUGGCGGAUGCAGUGAUGGGGCUGCAUUUUGCGCGGCUGCAGGAUGGCUGCUUCCCAAACACGCACGCAAUAGAACAGUCGCUCCGCCUCUUGUCUGCGCAAACGUUCUCCCCACUUUUCGUGCUGCAGUACGCGCAGGCACUGACGCUUCUUCCUCCACUAACCAAUCGUCAACACAGGAAACCUGAGAACCACAGCGGUGGUACGGGGUCCGCUAACGGUUCUUCCUUAUCACUUGCACAGGAGGACCUUUCUUUCACUGUUUCUGCUGUCAUGUUGCGUCUAGUUACAAGGGCUGCGUUACGCCUGCCUGACGCUGUGCGUCAGCACCGCCUAGAUUCAAAUGAAGGUGUAGAGGGGCUUCACAUGUUCGCCGCCUUUAUUCGUUGGGUGAGUGAAUUCAGUCGUGUGCCAUGUUUUGAUAGGGGCGUGGUGGAGGUUGUCGUGCUGCUCCUGUGCACCCCACCGAAGCAACUCCUGUCAGAGCUCACCACGACACAAAAUGGUACCCACCGCUGCGAUGCAGGCGAUGUGCGGCGUUUACUGCUUAGUGCUUUGCUGGCACAUUGCGAUGAUGGGGCACCUAUCGUUGAUCUUCGCUCCUAUGUGACUUGCCUGGAAUCAUACCGCUUUGUGUCCCUACGAUGCAACCACAAGGAGGAAGAUGGUAAGGAUAAUGAGGAGUAUAUUCCUACGCUCACGACGCUGUCUGUCCUACGCAGUCACGCUGAAGUGGCGCUUCGUUUUGUGGGGAAGCAGGCAUCACUGCAUCACGUGAUGCGUCUAUCCAAGCCACUGCUUUGCCGUAUGUGCGCUGCUGUUGUGGCUGGCAUGACAGUCACCGCCGAAGGCUUGCAGCCACUGAACCAACUCAUGCAGAACACAGAGCUUAUUUCUCCUUCGCUGCGUUACAUGUUGACUCUCAUUGUUGCGGAGCAGUCGACACUCUGGGGAAUUUAUUACACCGCAGAAUCGGACCCCAAGAAAAAGGCUAGCGUUGGGCAUCGGAUUGGGAGACGCUCAGAAGUGCCUGUGUCAGUGGUGCUGCGCUCCGUAGCAGGUGCGUACGAUGUGGUGCGGCAGCACUUUACACCGUCCGACGCGUUGAUGCUACGCGGCCUGUUGCUUCCAAAGCAUUUGAGUGCAACAACGACGAGGGCCGAUCACAGCGGCGAUCAGCAUGGGGAGGAGGAGGACGAAGAAGAUUAUUGUUGCAAAGAUGCCAUGAAAUCACCAGAAGGAAAAAAGGAAGAAGAUGAUGAGAAGACAAUGGAUUAUGCUGCACCGAAUAUUGUGUGGGAAAAUGCAUUAAAUUUGUUUGAUGUUUUCCUGCGCAAUGCCCAGCCGGACGCCGACCUUUCCGUGCCGUUCGAGGCGUUGAUUGAACUGCUGUGUCGAUGGGGCCAGUGGAAGACUGCCUGCCGCAACGUUACACUCGCCGGUGCCCCGACGAUAGGAACAAUGAAUACGCCCCAAACGAUGCAGCACAGGCAUGCCGAGAAGGAGGAUGCGUCACACCUUCUUCCCCGCCAUGUGGUGGUGGACGGCUUUCUCCUUAAGCGGCUCCUCGACUCCAUGGAGGCUGCACAGCAACGUCAUCACAGGCGGGGGGAGAAGAGCCUGGGUGGAGGUGGUCUAGACCCCGACGGUGGGCCGCCAGGCUUUUGGUGGCUAGCUUUGCAUCUUCUUCGUCAGCAGCAGCAGCAGCAGGUGCUUCUUCUUAAUGAAAUGUACCUAGACGGUACCGAAAAGUGCGAUGUAAUGAUUUCAUCCGUGACGCUGCUGGCCAUCAUGAAGACAAUUUCUCAGGGAAGAGGCGACUAUGCGCCCCGUUGA